GUGCCAUUCUCGGCAUUACAAUAGCUUUGGCGGAGUUGCAGUAUGCACUGGCAGAAGACGCGGAGUCACUGGUCGUGAAUUUGACGGACAGCAACUUCCAGGACCUUGUCAAGCGCGGUGACGACAGGCCAUGGGUCGUGAAGUUUUAUGCGCCGUGGUGUGGACACUGCAAGAUGAUAGCUCCUACAUGGGAGUCAUUGGCCAGAAAAGUGCAAGGUCAAGUCAACGUCGGGAAGGUGGACUGUACAGAGUCCCAGUACUUGUCGAACAUGUUCGACGUGCGUGGCUUCCCGACCUUGAAACUCAUUUCGAAGGGCAGGGUGUAUGGUUUCUCCGGGCGCAGAAGUUUGGAGAAUUUGGAGCCGUGGGCCUUGCAAGGGCAUCAAGGACAAGAAGGCGACAUGUACCCGUUUGACAAGCCAUUGUACCACCGAGUCACCAUCUCUGCGGCCACGCUGCUCGCAAAGUACGGGCUGCAAAUCAUUGCCGUUGCAUUGAUAGCGGUUGGCGCGCUAGUGUGCCACAUGGAACGUCAACAGUCUCAGAGACAGCGUCGACACCAGGAUCAACUCAAAGAGCUGGCGCAACGCCGCGCUGCUGAAAGCGAAGGGUCCGAGGCCCAUGAGGAGGUAACCUCAAAAAAGGAUGACUGA